UCAAACGUUUGAUGAAAGAGGCUGCAGAACUGAAGGAUCCUACAGAUCAUUAUCAUGCACAGCCUUUGGAGGAUAAUCUUUUUGAAUGGCACUUUACUGUUAGAGGCCCUCCAGAUUCAGAUUUCGAUGGAGGGAUUUAUCAUGGGCGAAUAGUACUACCCCCUGAAUAUCCCAUGAAACCACCCAGCAUUAUUUUGCUGACGGCCAAUGGCAGGUUUGAAGUGGGGAAGAAAAUUUGUUUAAGCAUCUCAGGUCAUCAUCCUGAAACAUGGCAGCCUUCAUGGAGUAUAAGAACAGCUUUACUGGCCAUUAUUGGAUUUAUGCCAACCAAAGGUGAAGGAGCAAUAGGAUCUCUAGAUUAUACACCAGAAGAAAGAAGAGCUCUUGCAAAGAAGUCACAAGACUUCUGUUGUGAAAUGUGUGGCACAGCUAUGAAGACAGCCCUGUUACCACUAACAUCCGGAAGUGUGUCAAGCCAGGCGGACAAGGAGGCUAAAGAGCUUGCCAGACAAAUUAGCUUCAAGGCAGAAGUCAAUUCAUCGAGGAGGUCUGAUGCUGGACCAUCAAACACGUCAGGAUUGAACCACUCUGCUGCUUCACGUGAGCCCCAGCAGGAUGGUGCAGCUAGAGCAUUCCAGGAUCCAAAAAGUGCAACGUCUGAAGCCCAGACUAGCAGUGCAGCGGCCAGUCAAGAGCAUGCUCCACCUGUGCCCACCAACACGUCCAUGAGUCCUCGGCAGCGCCGUGCCCAGCAGCAGAGCCAGAGGCGGGCCCCGUCUUCAACUGACUUUAAUCGGGUCCAGCAACCCAGAGUCAACAUGAACCACACUGGAUCCACCGUUCUGAUUGUCCUUCUGACUUUUGCAUUGGCAGCUCUUAUAUUCCGUCGAAUAUGUUUGGCUAAUGAGUAUAUGUUUGAGUUAUAA